CUGGAGACUAUAAAUUGCAGCCUCACAUAAGUAGAAAACAGCACACAGGACCACAUCCUUUGGAAAGAAAGCGGACCUUGCUACAUUGUUUCUAUUUGCCUCUUCUUCCCUUGUUACAGAGUCGAAACACUGUUUCACCUCUCAGAAUGAUCUUCAUCCUCGUUCUGUGCCUUCUGUGCGGUUCAUCCUGGGCUCAGUAUCGACCACAGCGCUACUCCUAUUCAGCAGCUGUGGGUGCAGGCACUGGCAGCUCCUUUGCCUCUGCUGGAGAGGGCCGCAUAACUUCCAUCAGAGUCUGGGAGAGACCUGGCAGCUACAUCACAGGAUUUCAGCUGAAAUAUGACUAUUCUUGGAGCCCCGUGUAUGGUGUCAACAACAGCGACGUAGUGGAGAUGUCACUCUUUGAAAAUGAGGCUUUUGUCCAGAUUUCGGGGAAAUACAACCCCAGCAACUUCAUUUACCAGCUUGUGUUUGUCACCAGCAGAGGGCGGUCUCUCAUCGUAGGCCACCCUGUCAGUACCUCCUUCAACCUCUAUCCAAAAUACCCCGAGAGUGAGCUACGUAUCAUCAGUGGGCGUGCCAGUUCAUCUGGCAUCACAUCCAUUGGAGCGCACUGGGGAGUGAUAUACAACAUGCCACCUCCUAAUAUGAUUGGAAACGAUAGCAUGUCAAGCCAUGAAUAACUGAAUCACACUGUUCCAAGUAAUAAAAUAAUAUUUUAUGGA